AUGAUAUGGUGGGAUCAACUCACAACGAGUCGAAGAAGGAACGGGGAGCGGCCAAUCUCAUCUUGGGCCGAAAUGAAAGCCGUAAUGCGUAGGAGAUUUAUACCUUCUUACUAUUGUCGUGAACUUUAUCAAAAGUUGAAGAAUCUUACGCAAGGAAAUCUAAGUGUGGAGGACUACUUCAAAGAAAUGGAGAUUGCCAUGAUACGUGCGAACGUGGAAGAAGAUCGCGAAGCAACCAUGGCUCGAUUCUUAGCUGGACUUAAUCGUGACAUAGCCAAUAUGGUGGAGCUUCAACACUACGUUGAUAUUGUUGAUAUGGUGCAUGUUGCUAUCAAAGUUGAAAAGCAAUUGAAAAGAAAAAGUUCUUGCCGAACCUUUCCUAGCACCAACAAUCCUCAAAGGUGGAACCAAGGCACGGGUAAGAAAGACUUAUCUAAUCGUACUAAGGAUCAAUCUUUGUCUUCUAAGAUGAACAAACCCGUUGGCGAAACUAGCAAGGGCAAAGAAGUUGCCAUUCCGAAUCGAUCGAGAGAAAUAAAGUGCUUCAAGUGCUUAGGGAGGGGCCACAUUGCGAGUCAAUGCCCUAACCGAACCAACAUGAUUGUACGGGCUAAUGGAGAAAUUGAAUCGGAAGAAGAAGAUGACGAAGAACCCGAUGAAAUGGUCGAAAAGGAAGAAGAGGAUGAACUUGAAUACGCCGUUGAUGGCGAAAUUCUCGUUAUUAAACGAAGCCUUAGUCUUCAAAGUGUUGAAAAUGAACAACAAAGGGAGAACAUUUUUCAUACACGUUGCCAUGUGCAAGGCAAGGUGUGUAGCUUGAUCGUGGAUGGCGGAAGUUGUACAAAUGUGGCCAGCACUUUAAUGGUUGAAAAACUCAGCUUGCCAACAACUAAGCACCCUCAACCUUACAAACUUCAAUGGCUUAACGAUGGGGGGGAGUUGAAGGUAACUAAGCAAGUUUUGGUGCCGUUCACUAUCGGAAAAUAUUCCGACGAAGUCCUAUGCGAUGUAGUACCCAUGCACGCUGGUCAUAUGUUAUUGGGUCGUCCAUGGCAAUUUGAUCGCAAAGUCAUUCAUGAUGGUUUCACAAACCGCUACACCUUCAAAUGCGAUGGGAAAAAUGUAAAUUUGGUUCCCAUGACGCCGAGGCAAGUUUAUGAAGAUCAAUUAAAACUAAGGGAGAGUGUAGAGAAAUUUCGGGAAUAUGAUUCGUGGUCACUUUCGGAAGGACUGGAGGUUGAUCAAGAAAAGGUGAAAGCUAUUCGAGAGUGGCCUAGACCCACGAGCAUUAGCCAAGUGAGGAGCUUCCACGGAUUGGCAAGCUUCUAUCGACGAUUUGUUCCAAAUUUUAGCACCUUGGCAGCACCUUUAACUAGUGUGAUCAAGAAGUCUUCUGCCUUCUAUUGGAAUGAGGAACAAGAAAAAUCUUUUAUUGCUAUUAAAUCGUGUUUAACUAAUGCUCCAUUACUUGUGUUGCCUGACUUUGCUAAAAUGUUUGAAGUUGAAUGUGAUGCAUCAGGUGUCAGGAUUGGAGCUGUUUUAACACAAGAUGGAAGGCCCGUGGCAUACUUUAGUGAGAAGUUAAAUGGAGCCGUUCUCAACUAUCCGACGUACGACAAGGAGAUGUAUGCUCUAAUUCGAGCUCUCGAGACAUGGUAG